AUGUCAAGCCUACUGGAGCCCAUUGUUGUGGGGAGUAAGCUGACUUUGCGAAACCGAGUAGUCAUGGGUUCCAUGACACGCAACCGUUGCUUCGACGAUUGCAAACCAGGGGAGGCACAAGUCAGACACUACGCAGAUCGAGCCAGAGAUGGUACCGGUCUGAUCGUUAAUGAAGGCACUUUCAUAGAUUGGACUGGCUGUGAUUGGAAAUAUUCUCCUUUCAUGAUCACUGAGGACCAUGCCAUUGCUUGGCGUAAAGUCACCGAUGCUGUACAUCAAGCUGGAGGCAAGAUCUUUUUCCAGGCCUGGCAUGCUGGUCGCUGUCAGCAUGAUCAAAUGCCAAUCAUGAAGGAACACAAUGGUCGUGUUCUCGCUCCAUCCGCUAUCAAAGCAAAUGAUGGCAAAUACCGGGAUUUACCUGGGCAGCCUGGCCACACCGCCAAUAUUGAGGCUAUCAAAGAUGUUAGCGAGGUGAUUCAACUUUAUCGUCGCUCCUGUCAGCUGGCCAAAAAUGCUGGCUUUGAUGGCGUCGAGCUGUUAGCUCAAGGCGGCUACCUGCCCCAGCAGUUUCUGAAUAGCCGUGCAAAUAAGCGAACCGAUGAGUACGGCGGCUCUGUCGAAAACAGGUGUCGUUUCAUUCUGGAGGUCGUUGGCGCCAUCGCGGAGGUUUUUGACGGGCCGGAGUUUGUCUGCGUGAAAAUCAAUCCUACGGACUUCUACAAUGAUUCUAUGGUCCAGUUCUCUGAGAUGAAGGAGGUUUACACAUACCUCAUCCGCGAGCUCGUAGCUCGCAAGGUCGGAAUCAUUAACCUUGGGCGUCGCGGUAUCGACCCUAACGCCGGUACUGGCGACUUUUUCGGCCGCGUCAAACGUCCUGCAGGCUAUCCCAUUCCCGAUGGUUAUGAUCCUGUUCUUGACUUUGGAAAACUAGUCAAAUUUCCGGGAAGUCCUACAAUGCUUAUGGCGAAUCAUGAUUACACGGUGGAAGAAGCUGAUUCUCUCAUCAAGGCGGGCAAGCUUGAUUUGAUCACCUUCGGAAGACCAUUUAUCUAUAAUCCUGAUGUUAUUACCCGCAUUAAACACAGUAUUCCAUUUAACACGAAUGACCGAGGACCUACGGUCCAUUAUGGGCCAGUUCAGGUCGCAGAUGAGAAUUACAACGACUGGCCAAGUGCCCGUAUUUAA